AUGCAAACUAAAAUGUAGACCCAUUUAGUUCUAAACACAAUCAUCAAAGGUAUCAGAAUAAUAAGUGUAUGGCAAACAAUGGAUACUAAUCCUGAGAGUACAGAUAAUUCAAACUUUGUCUAUUAAGUAAUAAACUUAAAUAGGGGGAUUAUUACAAAAAAAGUUAGGAAAGUCAGACUAACAAACACAGUCAUUGUGAGAGCUGCAGCUAUCAUUACGUUCUCUGGUUCUUGA